GUCCCUGAUUCAUCUUUGUUUUAACACUGCAGAAUCUGGCCUUCUGUUUCAUUGUAAUACACUUUUCUUACGACAGUACCAAUAUAUGUAUUACUACAUAUCAUUCAAGAACUGUAGGGCUUGGGUGGUGUUUUUUUUUUUUUUUUUUUUUUUUGGGGGGGGGUGUUUUGUUUUAUGUUAGUUUGAUGGCGGCGUUUUUAGGUCAGUGUUUAGAAAAGCAUUUUUUCUCCUUUGCAACAGUCAGUUCUGUCCAGACCUUAGUUAUUUUCUAUUAUUUUUGUGUUCACUUAGCCCAUGUGCCCAUGAAACUGCCACCCUUCAAUGCCAGGAAUUACUGAAGAGGAAAAUAAAGUGGAUUUGUUUCUGUGGAGGAAGCAGGCUUUAAUGAAAGGGACCAAUACUUCUGGUGUUUCACUCCAUGAAACUGACCGAAUUGUUCAUUUCUGCGUAGAAGCAGAGUAUCUUUGCUUCUGAAAACAAACGAGGGGGUUGAAAUUAAUAGCCUCCAGCCAUACAUCUCCACCGCAGUCACUAGCUUUGCAAUAAACGACAGCUUUUGCCUGGCUUUGGCAGCACCCCUGGCAAACAGCCCUCCGGGCCGGGCGGCCGGCACCGAGCUCCGCCGCCAGCCGGCACCGGGACCGGGGCGCAGGCGCGGGGCCGCCCUCAGCCCGCAGGGGAACGGCCGGGAGCGGGGCCGCCCUCAGCCCGGGGGGUGCGGGAGGAGAGGGGCCGAGCGCCCGGCCCGCCUGCCCUCCCCUCCCCUCGGCUCGGCUGCCUGCCUGGUAACGGGUGCUGGGGAGUUGAGUGCCCCGCAGAGGGUAGCAACGGGACCAGCCUUUGUUAAUGUUUAUUCUGAAGGCUGCUAUUCAAUUUGAAUGGAGUUGAAAGUUGAAGGAGUUGCUGCAUCCCCUCGACGGCAGGCUCAGCUGUCAUCGAGGGGAAAAAAACGUAGUCAAGGGUGGAGACCAGAUACACGGGCUUCUCGUGGUCCUCGCCCACCAGAGGUGCCAUGCCUAGAUCUAAGGAGGCUGGGAGAUUCUGAUGAAGAGGAUGGGAACUCUUACAUACCGUACAGUAGGGAUUGUCCUCAUACUUGCCCUCUAGAUUCAUCUCCAGACUGGAGAACAUCAUUACAAAUGCCACCUGCGCAGCAUCUCCCAUCUCAACAGAUUUCUAGAAGGCCCUGUCAGAAGAAAACAGAGCAUUCUGUUUUAGAGCAGAAGAUAAUACCAGAAGAUCUGCCAUCCCCAACAGACAAAUAUAAAUUGAAGUAUCGUCAGUAUGAAGCAGAUGUGAAGGAAGAAUAUAAGCAGUAUUCUGAGAGAAUUGCAGAAAAGAAAAAAGGCCCCCAACAGUGUCCAGAAACUUCAAUAAAGGGUACACAGCUCAAAGUUGGGCACAAGGACGAUCUUACAGCUCUUGAUGAGAAAGCUCUUCUGCAACAAUGCUACACAAGCAAGCCCUACAAUAUGCAGCAUGGUGUGAGAAAAUCAGAAGCUGAGGAUGUUGCUGCAGAGCGGAGAAAACAGGCUGUGGUAGAACAAGUGAUGGUGGAUCAGUUAUCCAGAGCUGUUAUAAGUGACCCAGAACAAUCCACACGCGCUGAUGUUUCCAAGGAAGCUCAUGGACUUCUGGGACUUGGGAACACACCCAUGCGUUUUAGAAAAAGAACACUGCAUGAAACAAAAAUAAGGACCAAAUCAGGAUUGACUGAAAGUGUUCUCUCUAACAAGCUACGCUUUGAUAGUAGGAUUAUAUCAAGAAAUGGUCGUGAUGCCUGUAGAGAGUUGAUUGGAUUCUUUUUUGCAUAUGACCAAUCUCUUACUGUGUAUGAAUUCCGGCAGUUUGGAAAAAACAGAACAAAUGCCUUACCUUUCAUUCAGAAGGGAAUUUAUCAUCAUCAGCGAGGACAAAAGAAGGGAAAAGCUUAUGAUCUUAGUGACUUCUAUAUUGGAGCUAACCUAACUUUCCAAAGUGUUGAUCAUAAUCUUCCAGAAAGCGUUAAGCAGAACCCAGUCCUCACCCUUCGUGUGAUAAAUAUUGAUGAAACAGCUAUGGAUUUUCUCAAAGCUCCCUCUGAGGAAUUCAAGCAAGAAUGUUCUGAGCAAGAUAACAGCAGAGUUUUCAAAAAGAUUCAAGGUAUGCUCAGAGAAACACUAAGUAAAAGAGGAGUUCGUGUUGUAACAGGCCUAGGAAAAUAUUUCCGACGUAUAGACAAGAACAGAAAUGGUUUUCUCUCUCAGGCAGACUUUAAAGAAGCUCUGAAAGUAUUCCAUCUGGAAGUGCCUGAAGGGGACUUUGAAUCCUUGUGGCUUAUUCUUGAUGACAGCAAGAGUGAUAAAGUUGACUAUGGAGAAUUUGUUCGUGCCAUAGUUGGAGAAAUGAAUGAAUAUCGGAAAGCAUUUGUAAGAAAAGCUUACAUGAAACUAGACUUCAACAAAACUGGAAGUGUUCCUAUGGUAGACAUCAGAAAAUGUUACUGUGCAAAGAAACAUCCACUAGUAUUGGCAGGCAAAGCUACAGAAGAAGAAAUUACAGCAUCAUUUCUAGAAACAUUAGGAGAGUCCUGCAGCAAUCCCAAUGAAGUGUCCUAUUCUGAGUUCGAAGAUUACUAUGAAGGAUUAAGUAUUGGAAUCAUGGAUGAUGAUGAUUUUGUUAACAUCUUAAGGAACCCUUGGGGAAUUUAGAGUGGAAGAAGACAAAUGAAAAAGAAAGACCUUCUGAACAAGAAGUGAACUAAAGCAAGGAAGAGUUUAGUUGUGACAUGCAUUACUUCACAAUUAGUGUCUUAAAUCAAUUUAAAGGACUGAAAAUUGUAGAUGCUUUCAGAAUAAUAAAAGUUAAGUUUCUUACAGUCUGUUGAGCAGUACUAAGCACUUUCUCCAUAUAAAUGGUGUCCAUGCAUUUUCAUUGUCUGUUCACCAUACCAGAAGGCAGCAUUAACUUGAUACUAGAAUGAAGUGUCUUUUUUGAAUUCCCUCUUAUUUUAAAAUACUAAAAUGUGUGAGAGUAUGUGCAAGAGAAAUUUUAGUUUUAUGAUUUUGUAAAGCUUUAGAUAUGAUGGUGUAAAUAUCUUCAUUGAUGGUGUAAAUUUCUUCAUUUUUCUUUUUAUAAAAAUGCCAUAUUUUUUCUUAUAAUGUUCUUUGCUUUGUUUCUCAUGUUUUAUGCUGGUGGUCAGCCUGAGAGAGAGCAGGCCAUCCUCAUCAUAUUUGGAGGAAGACCACAGUACUGAAAAUGCAGAGAAAGUCACACCAAUUAACCUUUAAACUAGUAUCCAGACCAUCUCUGCCAGCUUUAACAAGCACAAAUGUAUUUUUCAGUGUCCUUCUUUUUCUCUAUUUUGCUAAAUUGUUUUCAAAACAAAUUUAUAUUUAAAUAUCUGGCUUCUCUACUUUCUAUUGCUGUGAUUUUUUUUUAAACUAAUCAAUGAUACUGUCUGUCACAAUGAUAGACAUAAUUUUACGUCUUUUCUGAAAGUAGGAAACAGAAAAGUAUAUAUUACAAAAACAUAUUUUUCACCAAAAAUUAAACUUCAAAUUUAAAUAUUCCUUGCUACUUCAAAUAUUCAGCCAGGUAUGCUUUUCAAUGUAAUACAUCCCGUUAGUUCUAUAAGGUUAAUUGUGUUAAGAAAUAAAAAAUCUAUUAUUAAUUAGUUUUAUAUAUACAUAUAUAUGUAGAAAGCCUUUGGUUUCAAUAUACCUUUCAAAAUUAACUGUAUGUUGAACAGGAUUUUUUUAAGCCUAUGCAAUUAAAGUAUAUUAGUUUUCUCCAUGCAUGUCUGACUAGUUUUGAAUUUAGUCCAUGAUUGUUAAAACCUUCCUCUGAGACAGAAUAUGUGCUUCAUAGGAAUUUAAGUGCAGUGCUGAAAAUGAAUGCUAAAAUGAGGGCCUUUGGUCCCUCUGUGACUGACUGGUUUAUUCUAGAUAUAGCACUUUCUUGUUCUAAUUGCUUGUACAUUGUUAUCUUUUGUUUGUACCAUGUCUGCAUGUGUAUCUAGAAUUGCAAUUUCUCCUCUAAACCCUCAAAUGAGGAUUUUUUUUUUUUCAGUUCAGUUUGGGGCUGCAGAAGUCUGUCUGUGUUGGUUUACAGGGAAAGACAGAUUCUGUCAAUGCUUAUUCUAAAGGAAGAAUUCUGAUGUGACUCAUUAAAUUUUAUUAUUUUUUAUUUUUUUAAUUCCCAAUUGCUACUGGAAUUUCUCUUUCUGGUAAGAUUUUGUCAAUUAGUGUUUGUGGAAUUGGUGAUUCUGAGAAAGGUGUCCUCAGAUUUUACAGUGAUCUCUUUGUUAAUGUGUCUGUUCAAAUAACUGAAAAAUAUCAAGUGGCAUUUUUGUCAGUCUUUUAAAGAAUCACCUACUCUGUUAUUAGACUUGUUCACUUAUCAAUGUAUCAAAUUGAGUUACGACUUCAUAAGUGUGACAGUGAUUGGGAAAUGACGUAUUAAUGUAAUUUUUUUUUUUUUUGCGAGAAAACCUCCCUGGUGAUGCUUUUAGGAAGGUUAUUCCACAUUAUCCUAUGGAGCAGAAAAACUGAUCACAACUGGAUGCUUCCUUAGUAAGUCUUCUUAUCAGCACAAGCUGCAAAGGAUUAUACCUGCUGCAAAUUAAGUGGUUAUAAUUGUUCUUAUCACUAAGGUUAGGUGAAGGAUAGACAUGAAUGAUAUUUCCAUAACUUUGGUAAUAAUGCAGUUUUUUCUUCAUCUGAAGAUAGAUCCUUAAUAGGGUAAUCUACAAUAAAUUCUAAAGGUCAGAAAUUACCUAAAAAAUACAAGCCCAUACUUUGGUAAUUCUCUAAAACCUGGUAGGUAUUAAAUUUCUAUUAAAUACAAGGUCAGUUAUACAUCAGUGGCUGCCUCAAAACAUCAGCUAUGAUGUCUCUGGUGAAUUUAUAAUGGAGUUCAUGAAAGUUCCUUUAAAAAAGUCACUUUCUAUCUGCCUGCUGGUAUUUGUUCUCUAAACUUAAAAUGGUGACAAAGAACUGACACAAACUUCCACCAAGGCUGGCAUGCCAUGCUUGCAGUUAGCAGAAAAAACUAGGAGAACAGAAAUUGUAUUCAGACCAGGGUCUGUGGUGUGGGAUUCUUUUUAUUAUCAGUAGUGAAAACCAGCAUCUGACAAUGCUGGAGAUCAUAGCCUGGACAGUUCCUCUUUGGAAAUCAAACACCAUAGCAGACAAUCUUGGUAAGGAAGUAAUCAAUGCAAGUCUGUAAACCCCAAUGGGUUGUUUCUCUGAGUACCUAGUACAUGUAAAAUUUUUUGUUUGAAUAUACUGGAAAUCUGCUUGUAUGGUUGUACUCUGAGAUGACCAUAACCAACUGUUGUGAUCUAUAUUUCUGUGUUCCUGUAUUCAGAAAAGCUGUCAAAAGACUCUUUUUCAGUAA